UCUAUACUUGGCCACUUCCCUGCCGCCGCCACUUCCACUACACCCUUCCCCGGGCAUUGGGACCUCAGGUGGCCACCUAGCCCGCACUGAGGCUGCACCUGUGAGAAGGCCCUACACCCUCUCCUCCCAGUGCAACAGGCAGGAUGGGCGACAUGGCCAACAGUUCCAUCGAGUUCCACCCCAAGCCCCAGCAGCAGCGGGAGGCCCCCCAUGCCGGCGGCUUCGGGUGCACGCUGGCUGAACUGCGCUCCCUCAUGGAGCUCCGAGGGGCUGAGGCGCUGCAGAAGGUCCAAGAAGCCUACGGGGACGUCAGCGGGCUGUGCAGGAGGCUGAAGACCUCGCCCACAGAGGGCCUGGCCGACAACGCCAAUGACUUGGAGAAGCGCAGGCAGAUCUAUGGCCAGAACUUCAUCCCUCCCAAGCAGCCCAAGACCUUCCUGCAGCUGGUGUGGGAGGCCCUGCAGGAUGUCACCCUCAUCAUCCUGGAGGUGGCUGCCAUCGUGUCUCUGGGCCUCUCGUUCUACGCACCGCCGGGAGAGGAGAGCGAAGCGUGCGGGAACGUGUCAGCUGGGGCAGAAGAUGAAGGGGAGGCCGAGGCUGGCUGGAUCGAGGGGGCAGCUAUCUUGCUGUCUGUCAUCUGCGUGGUGCUGGUCACGGCCUUCAACGACUGGAGCAAGGAGAAGCAGUUCCGAGGCCUGCAGAGCCGUAUCGAGCAGGAACAGAAGUUCACGGUCAUCCGGAACGGGCAGCUCCUCCAGGUCCCCGUGGCCGCGCUGGUGGUGGGGGACAUCGCCCAGGUCAAGUAUGGAGACCUGCUGCCUGCCGACGGCGUGCUCAUCCAAGGCAAUGACCUCAAAAUCGACGAGAGCUCCCUGACCGGAGAGUCCGACCACGUGCGCAAGUCAGCCGACAAAGACCCCAUGCUGCUGUCAGGCACUCAUGUCAUGGAAGGUUCUGGAAGAAUGGUGGUGACAGCUGUGGGUGUGAACUCCCAGACAGGCAUCAUCUUUACCUUGCUUGGAGCUGGCGGAGAGGAGGAGGAGAAGAAGGACAAGAAAGGCAAGCAGCAGGAUGGGGCGAUGGAGAGUAGCCAGACCAAAGCCAAGAAGCAGGAUGGGGCAGUUGCCAUGGAAAUGCAGCCGCUGAAGAGCGCGGAGGGCGGGGAGAUGGAGGAGCGGGAGAAGAAGAAAGCCAGCGUGCCCAAGAAGGAGAAGUCGGUCCUGCAGGGCAAGCUCACCAAACUGGCCGUGCAGAUCGGGAAAGCAGGGCUGGUGAUGUCCGCCAUCACCGUCAUCAUCCUGGUCCUCUACUUCGUGAUUGAGAACUUCGUGUUGGAAGGCCGAGUGUGGAUGGCAGAGUGCACGCCGGUCUAUGUGCAGUACUUCGUCAAGUUCUUCAUCAUCGGCGUCACUGUGCUGGUUGUGGCUGUCCCAGAGGGCCUGCCUCUUGCUGUCACCAUCUCCUUAGCUUACUCUGUCAAGAAAAUGAUGAAGGACAACAACCUGGUCCGACACCUGGACGCCUGUGAGACGAUGGGCAACGCCACAGCCAUCUGCUCAGACAAGACGGGCACACUCACCACCAACCGUAUGACCGUGGUCCAGUCCUACCUCGGGGACACCCACUACAAAGAGAUUCCGGCCCCCACCGCCCUGACCCCCAAGAUCCUCGACCUCCUGGUCCACGCCAUCUCCAUCAACAGUGCCUACACCACCAAAAUACUACCUCCAGAGAAGGAAGGUGCCCUCCCGCGCCAAGUGGGCAACAAGACAGAAUGCGCUCUGCUGGGCUUCGUCCUGGACCUGAAGCGGGACGUCCAGCCUGUGCGGGAACAGAUUCCGGAAGACAAGCUUUACAAAGUGUACACCUUCAAGUGCACCAACAUCUUAAACAGCAACGGGGAGCUGCGCGCCUUCCGCCCCAGGGACCGGGACGACAUGGUGAAGAAGAUCAUUGAGCCGAUGGCUUGUGAUGGCCUCCGCACCAUCUGCAUCGCCUACCGGGACUUCUCUGCCUCCCAGGAGCCGGACUGGGAAAAUGAGAACGAAGUUGUGGGCGACCUCACCUGCAUAGCCAUUGUGGGCAUCGAGGACCCCGUGCGGCCUGAGGUCCCUGAAGCUAUCCGCAAAUGCCAGCGUGCUGGCAUCACAGUCCGCAUGGUGACUGGGGACAACAUCAACACAGCCCGGGCCAUUGCAGCCAAGUGCGGCAUCAUCCAGCCCGGGGAGGACUUCCUGUGCCUGGAGGGGAAGGAGUUCAACCGGAGGAUCCGCAAUGAGAAAGGCGAGAUCGAACAAGAGCGUCUGGACAAGGUGUGGCCCAAACUGAGGGUCCUCGCCCGAUCGUCUCCCACAGACAAGCACACUCUGGUCAAAGGGAUCAUUGACAGCACCACCGGUGAGCAGCGGCAGGUGGUGGCCGUGACUGGGGAUGGCACCAAUGAUGGGCCAGCGCUCAAGAAGGCAGACGUGGGCUUCGCCAUGGGCAUCGCAGGGACUGACGUGGCCAAGGAGGCCUCAGACAUCAUCCUGACUGAUGACAACUUCACCAGCAUCGUCAAGGCGGUCAUGUGGGGCCGCAAUGUCUACGACAGCAUCUCCAAGUUCCUGCAAUUCCAGUUGACGGUCAACGUGGUGGCUGUGAUUGUGGCCUUCACGGGCGCCUGCAUUACUCAGGACUCUCCUCUCAAAGCCGUGCAGAUGUUGUGGGUGAACUUGAUUAUGGACACAUUUGCCUCUCUGGCCCUGGCGACAGAGCCGCCCACCGAGUCGCUGUUGCUGCGGAAGCCAUAUGGCCGGGACAAGCCCCUGAUCUCCCGAACCAUGAUGAAGAACAUUCUGGGCCAUGCGGUCUACCAGCUCACCAUCAUCUUCACGCUGCUGUUUGUGGGGGAGCUUUUCUUCGACAUCGACAGCGGGAGGAACGCACCCCUGCACUCGCCGCCCUCGGAGCACUACACCAUCAUCUUUAACACCUUCGUCAUGAUGCAGCUCUUCAACGAGAUCAAUGCCCGCAAGAUCCAUGGCGAGCGCAACGUCUUCCAUGGCAUCUUUGGCAAUCCCAUCUUCUGCACCAUCGUCCUGGGCACCUUCGCCAUUCAGAUUGUCAUCGUCCAGUUUGGUGGAAAGCCCUUCAGCUGCUCCCCGCUGUCCACGGAGCAGUGGCUCUGGUGCCUGUUUGUUGGUAUUGGGGAGCUGGUCUGGGGGCAGGUCAUCGCCACGAUUCCCACCAGCCAGCUCAAGUGCCUGAAGGAGGCGGGGCACGGGCCUGGGAAGGACGAGAUGACUGAUGAGGAGCUGGCCGAGGGGGAGGAAGAAAUUGACCACGCUGAGCGGGAGCUCCGCAGAGGCCAGAUCCUCUGGUUCCGGGGCCUCAACCGGAUCCAGACGCAGAUGGAGGUAGUGAGUACCUUCAAGAGAAGCGGUUCAUUUCAGGGUGCCGUGCGCCGGCGGUCUUCGGUCCUCAGCCAGCUCCAUGACAUCCGAGUGGUGAAAGCAUUCCGUAGCUCGCUUUACGAAGGCCUGGAGAAACCGGAAUCCAAGACUUCCAUCCAUAACUUCAUGGCAACGCCCGAAUUCCUGAUCAAUGACUACACCCACAACAUCCCGCUCAUAGAUGACACGGACGUGGAUGAGAACGAGGAGCGCCUGCGGGCCCCCCCACCCCCCUCCCCCAACCAGAACAACAACGCCAUAGACAGCGGCAUCUACCUGACCACGCAUGGCACCAAGUCAGCUACCUCGUCAGUGUUUUCUUCCAGACCCGGGAGCCCGCUCCACAGCGUGGAGACGUCCCUCUAAGCAUAACUGCUGUCCGCACGCGCACCCCCCGCACACACGGGCACCCAGGCGGGACACACAGGCCUGCAGGAGGGCACAGCCAUGGCGGCUGGACACGUUGCUCACUCACACAGCACUUGCAA